UGUAGCACCCCGAAAUAUGCGUUGUUCUUCUCUUUUUCUGCACCCCCAAUGCCCUGACUUUUCCCCACCAUGUUCGGACUCCCAGAACGACCUUUUUUUUUGCAGGACUAGCCACCUCUCUUCGGGGUCUCUCUUUCCUGCUGGCUCCAGAUUUAGGGAGUCGAGACAGAAAUUCCCCAGUGAAGCCUUUAUGCUUUUCUUGAGAUGUCUGUCUCCUUGCCUUCCACUCACAAUGCUGCUUGAACUGGGGUAACUCAAGUGACCUCCUUUAUCCCUAAUUCCUUUCUAUAUUAGGAAGAGAGGAGUCUGCUCAGUGCCCCCGCUUGUGAUAAAGAACUCUGAAUGUUUAAAUCAGAGACCCCUGUUAAGCUUCCUGUACCCUAGGACAACCCCACAGUUUUUCUUUUCACUGACAAAGCCUAUCCCACCCAUAGUUGCGCGUGGUGAGGACCCCCAGGCCCUCCAGCAAGCAACCCUCCUCCAUAUUAUGGCUAUGACAGCUGGGGGGAGGGAGAGAAAGAGGAUCUCCUUAACAAAAUAGCUCCUGUACUAGCUACUUAAGCAAACUCCCUCUAUGAGGGUAAGUUCUUGGACAGUAAUUGCCCUCCUCUUGCCAGGUGACACCCUUUAUUUUCCACCCCCCUUCCCCCAACUUUAUAUACUCUGGAGGUAGCAUUUGGAAAGCUGUAACUGGUAAGAAGAGUCCUUCAGGCUGUGCUUUUGGUUGGAGUCCAGAGAGAUUAUUUCGUGACCAGCUAGAGAAAUUCAGAAGAUUCCUGCAUUAGUGCAUUGAGAGUAAGCAUGAAGUUACAAUCCUGGGAGGACUCAAUGAAUUUGUAGUGAAGUUUUAUGGACCACAAGGAACACCAUAUGAAGGGGGAGUAUGGAAAGUUAGAGUGGAUCUUCCUGAUAAAUACCCUUUCAAAUCUCCAUCUAUAGGAUUCAUGAAUAAAAUUUUCCAUCCCAACAUUGAUGAAGCGUCAGGAACUGUGUGUCUAGAUGUAAUUAAUCAAACUUGGACAGCUCUCUAUGAUCUUACCAAUAUAUUUGAGUCCUUCCUGCCCCAGUUGUUGGCCUAUCCUAAUCCCAUAGAUCCUCUCAAUGGUGACGCUGCAGCCAUGUACCUCCACCGGCCAGAAGAAUACAAGCAGAAAAUUAAAGAGUACAUCCAGAAAUAUGCAACGGAAGAGGCACUGAAGGAACAGGAAGAGGGCACCGGUGACAGCUCGUCGGAGAGUUCAAUGUCUGACUUUUCGGAAGAUGAGGCCCAGGAUAUGGAGUUGUAGUAGAAAAAGCACCUGCUUUUCAGAAAGACUAUUAUUUCCUAACCAUGAGAAGCAGACUAUAAUAUUCAUAUUUAAACAAAGCAAUUUUUUUUAUUACUAAACAAGGUUUUUAUGAAUAAUAGCAUUGAUAUAUAUAUAUUAUAUAUCACCCUUUAGAUCUUGAUUUCUUGGUCAUUUCUCAACCUGAGGUGCAUAGCAUAUUCCCACAUUCCAUUUUGGUAGCAAUAUGCGGUCCGAAUGCAUGCAUUCAUAAGUCCAUUUGGCCAAGUCAGCCUGUGUGCUACUGAACUGUCAAAGAAAGAGCCGCUCUGAUAGAUAGAUGUGAGUAAAAAUAACAGGAAAAAGUUGCUUCGUUUAUUGAUGGUUCCAAAGAAACAAACCAAACCAACCAGCUCUUGGAUGUGAAGAUAGAAUAGUGCUUUUUCAAAAUGGGAGGAAAAGACCUGCUGUGGAGCAUGUAGAGCCAGCCCGUAAGAAUCAGAGCUGCUCCUUCCUGUGAACCCUAGGUGGCCCCGUUUCUGUGGAGUAACAGUAUCAAACAGGGAGCUAAUUAGAGUAUUGAACAUACAACAAUUUUUUUGACUCAGAUUUUAAGUACAUUUUUAUAUGUAGAUUCUUGCCCUUCUUGCUACCGGGCCCUGCAGCCACAAGUGUUUUUGCUUUGGAGAACCUUUUGGAGUGUUUUCUGAACCUGAUUCUUUUUCUUGGGGUAGAGUUUGUAAAUCAGACCUUUUUUGAGAGGACAGGAGAAAGACCGGGAAGCCGUCUCCUCUCCUCCAGCGCGUGCAGAGCCACGUCCUCGUCCUGCGUGGGCCGCUUUGAGACCGCUCCCCCGGACUGAGCGCUUUACAUUUGAGAGGUGGUGAGUUUUUUGGUUUUAGGGUUUUGACUUUUUUGGCGUGUGUGUGAUUUGUGCUUAGACAGGUUGCAGUUUUAGUCUUCACCUACCGAGAGAUGGCCGCCUCCCACGACAGCCGCUCGGCGGGGCGGCAGACUCUGGAGGAAGACCCGUCUGUGGCUGUGGCUCCUGGGGACUCGCAUUCAUGUUUGGUUUUGUUUCCCCUUCUGCUGCUGCUCUUGGCAGCCGCCUGGUCAUCAUCUGCUUGUGGGAGUGGGAAAUGAGUAUUUUAGACCCAACACACACUCUAAAUUGAAAAUGAGUAAUAAUUGGAAUAAAUAAAGGUUCUGGUACCCAAAGUGACUCUAACAUGGGAAAAAUAGAUGCAGGUUUUUUUCGGAGUGUGACUGAAUUAGAUGCAGGUUUAGAAUUAGAAGAAAAGGGUUCAAAAAUAAGAAGUAGCAGAACAGGUUUUGAAGGAAGAACGUUUUCUCUCCUGUAUAUGGUGAGGAAAUCAGACCAUUUAAAAUGCCUGCUAACCAUAUGUCCAGGUGGCUGGCAGAGUUUCUUUCAAAUCUGAGUGUUGCCUGCUGAAUCUGGAGAACUUAAGACAGCGAGUCUGUAUUUUGGGUUUGGAGUUUUGUUUUGUUUUUUUGGUUUUUUUUUUUUUUUUUUUUUUUUGGCAGCACCCAGUAGGACCAUAGCAGAAUUAGCCAAUCCUAAAACCGCCUAAGACAAUUUUUGAAUGUCCCACUGGGAUAGUUAGUUUUUCUUUCUGACGUGAUUUUAGUUUAGAAGUGCUAGAUUCCACGAGAUUUGAGUCAAUGAGGUUGGAAGGUACCCUAUCUUUUUUUUUUAUUCAAAAAGCACAAUCAAUAUUUUCUUUGAAAAUCUAUAUAAAGUACAACUUGCUUUUAGCAUGAUUAUUUUCCUAAAUUAAAAGACAAAGAAUUUACUUAUUUUAUGUUAAUUACGGGCAUGAAGCAAAAGGUUUUCUUUUUAAAAAAAAAACUUAAAAGUGCAGUUAUGUAGGGCUGUGGUUAGUUAACCGUACCGAGUUAUCUAUCUAGCAUUUGUGGCUUGUCGGAAGGGUAGUAUUAACUCUUUAACAUGUACUGGUGUACUGUAACUCUUCUCUAGCACGUUGUCUUCUCGUCGCUUUGGGGGAGGGCGGGUCUCUGCUGGCACUGUCUAACUUGCUUACCUGCUGAACUAGCAGUUUGCUUGUGCUAUAACCGUUACUGUAGGUGCGAUUUAGGGUAGGCUUAAAGUGCUGGGUGGUGAUUUGAGUUCAACAAUAAAAAAUUGUAUUUUUUCAAUAUUGUAUAAACAAUAGUGUUCUAAUUACCUUUUAAAAAAAAAAAAUAAUGUCCAGAUAAUAAUGGCUUUUAAUCUUGUCCCAAAAAGUAGAACCAAGUUUAGGGAAGGUCUGUGAGCAGCGCCGCAGCUCUGCUCCCCUACUCAAUCCACGUUUCUCUAACGCAAAGACAUAUGCUUGCCUCGGGUCAAGUGGGCUGCAGCGCUAGAACUCUUCGGUGGUGCAGAAUCCCCAAAUGAAGAUUUGUGCGGGGAGGUUGCAGGGAUGACGAGGCAGGUCUGAGUGUGGCUGCAGUGUGCAUGCGCAUAUGUAACCAUCCAAGUCUGUGGUGAUGAGGGUUCAUUAGGCUUCUCAGUGAGCACUGGAAGCUCCUGGAGUUGCUCCCCAAAUCCCCAGGCACCCUCUCUGCGACUGUAUCCUUUCUGAGCACUAACCUUGGCCCCAGGCUGCUUUUUUGGCUCCGAGUGGAGCUUUUUCUCUCCACUGGGACAUGGACUUUUGGUAAGUUGAACAGAAUCCCCUUUUUUCCAAAACUAACUUUGUUUCCUUCCUUGUACCUGGGUGAGGUAGACCGUACCAGUAGAUACAGAGGAAACCCUGGAACAAGGUCUGGCUGUGAAUCUGAGGGCUCUGGACCCCACUGACAGUAGAGUAAGUCUGAAGCAAGGGGGUGUUACACCACCAAAAGCUUUUCCAAGUUGUCCAGAACAUCCAGAGCCUCCCAGCAAGGCUGAACAUUUUUGUUUGUCAAGGUAGUGGUAGGUCAGAGCUGCUCCUAGCGGCUCCCUUUCAUCGUACCCCUGGUUUUUGAAAUCCUCCCUUGUGAUUGACCAGUGCAAGCCAUUAUUCUUUGCCCCCAUUCAAAAGCCUGAGCUCAAAACCAACAAGCAAGAGCCCUCAACACUGCAGCCCAAGCUCUGGGGCCUUGUGGGCCGCCUUCCGUGGUAGCCAACCUAGAUGCUGGCAUUUCUGCUCUUUUGUCUUCAGUCUCAUCACCCUCCUUGAGGUUACUGUGCAGUUUCAACCAGCAUUUUAUACUAGUGAGAUAAAUGAACAGAAGUUGCCAUAUCUCUCUCCAAUACCUAACGUUUUCUUCCAUUUCAAAAGCUGUUCUAAAUUGCCAACUGGCUGAUCUAAGCUCCUGAGGAGUGUCUCCCCUCGAAGGAAUUUUUUUCCCCUCCGAAGGUUUCCUGAAGCCCUAGUUGGCCUCAGCCAGACGCUCGCUUUUUACUGGCCUCCUGUUGGGACGGCUGAGAAUCAUGAACGGUAGAUGCUCUGCUAGACUCUGUGGUGAAGUUUCUAAAUGCCACGUUUCUGGGAACUAGUAUUUGAUUUUAAGUGGCAUAUGGCCCUCAGUGUUUCAGGGGCUCAAUUAGAAUACGUGAACGCCGUUAACAAAAGGUAGCGAGAGUUUUCACUAACUUCCUAACCGGGUUCACAGCCUUGUUGACUGAAAUCAAAUCAUUUCUGAUUGGGCGCAACGAACGAAUUUCUUUGGACUUCUGAAUCCAUGUUCACAUUUUUCUGGCCACUGGACAUCUUGGCAAUUCCAUUAGGGAUUGGAGGGAGUGGCGGCCCCUGGGGAAGGGCGGUUAACAGUCCCCAGGCGAGCUGGUUCUCCACUCACCUGAGGAAGCGCCAGGACUUUGAAUUCAGCAAAUAGCUGUCCUGGCUGUGGGCUUGGGAAGAAAUGGCCAUUAUUUACUGAUUGUAUUUGGUACAUAUUGUGUGAUACUUGAAGAGAUAAAAGGGACUUACCAGCCCUUAAUUGAAAUCUAAGCUUUUUAUCGCUUAUUUUUUUCCUUGCCCUCUCUCCCUCCCACCUCCUUCCUUGCAUUGUGAUGAUCUAGUGGGCACUUCUGUCAACAGGACAAAUGCCUCUUCUGACUAUAACCUCUUAAUAGUUGUGUAUAAUGAAAACUGUAAACUUUUUUAAAUAAAAUGUGUAUAUACCUUGGCAAGUGGCUGGACCUUGAUCAAUAAGAUAA